AUGGAUUUUUCGACACAGUUGCUUUGUGUCUUUGCCUUCGAGGCGGUCAUGAUACUGUUACUCGAUGGGUGGAGAAAGAAGCCGCAGAAACAGGCUGCUAUUGGAAGCGAGCUACACGUACUUAGAAGCCUCAAAUUGGAAAUGGAAGAUGAAAUGAUGCCGGCGAGAUUAACACUUGCUACUCCACUUAAACGACCCAAGAGAGAAAAUAGUCGGGAAAAUAAUCAAGAAAAUAUGGUGGAAACAAACAUAACAAGUAAUUAUUUUGAUGAACCACAAUCUUUGUGA